UGCAGUAGUGACAUCUAUUAGUCUGCAGUGCAUUCUGGGUAAUGCAUCUCCGGAGGAUUUUUUCUGCAAAACAAAUAUAAUUGUUAUUUCUGCACAUUUGCCAUUUGGAAAAGUACAGUGGUAUAUCGUACGGAAGAAAAACAUACUUUGCUAUUGUUCUGCAAAGAUUGAGGGGUAGAUUCGGACUAUAAAGCAUUGGUUACUACGGAAAGGAAGAAGGUCUCAUCAAUAUAAGACCAUCAACCUUUGUUGAGGAAACAAUUGACCAGGAGCUUACAUAAGUACUGCACCCAAUACCAACUGUAAGAUGGGUGAACCGAUGGACACAGAGAUGCCAGUCAGCCAGGUUGACCCCGAUAAUGUAUAUAGCACAUUGAAGAACUUUGUUAUUGAAAAGAAAAUUGGUAAAGGACAAUUCAGUGAAGUAUUUAGAGCAAAGUGUAUGAGGGAUGGAGGCAGUAUCACAGCUCUCAAAAAGGUCCAGAUCUUUGAGAUGAUGGAUGCUAAGGCUAGAAAUGACUGUAUUAAAGAAAUAGAUCUGCUAAAGCAACUGAACCACCCGAAUGUCAUCAAGUACCUUGCGUCAUUUAUAGAAGACAAUGAGUUGAACAUUGUACUUGAGUUGGCAGAUGCAGGGGACUUAUCGAGGAUGAUCAAGCACUUCAAGAAGCAGCAAAAGUUAAUUCCAGAGAGAACUAUAUGGAAGUAUUUUAAACAGAUAUGCAGCGCUUUACAACAUAUGCACUCUAGGAGGAUCAUGCACAGGGAUAUCAAGCCAGCUAAUGUAUUUAUCACAGCCCAGGGUAUAGUUAAGUUAGGAGACCUUGGUCUAGGUCGUUUCUUCAGCUCCAAAACAACAGCAGCACAUUCAUUAGUGGGUACCCCAUACUAUAUGUCACCUGAAAGAAUUCAUGAAAAUGGCUACAACUUUAAAUCAGAUAUCUGGUCAUUAGGCUGUCUACUAUAUGAGAUGGCAGCCCAACAGUCUCCAUUUUAUGGAGAGAAAAUGAACUUGUAUUCAUUAUGUAAGAAAAUAGAGCAGUGUGAUUACCCUCAGUUGCCUGAUAGGUACUCCCUGGAGCUGAGAGAACUUGUAGCCCAGUGUAUUAAUCCAGACCCAGAACAGCGACCAGACAUUAUCUAUGUAGACGAAGUGGCAACAAAAAUGCACAGUGCAAAUUUGCAAUCAUAGAUAUCUUAGGUAAUACAUACAAAGAGUUGAUAUUUAUUGGAGUGAUAUUUGAUAUUGAGAAAACCGUCCUUGGAGGAAGUAAUGGUACUGUUGAGUUGGUCUUUGCAGGGUUGAUGCAAGUAUUGUAGAUAAAAUUGAAAUCCAAAAAGUAUUUUAGCAGAACUUGUACACUUUAAUGCAGAUUUAUUUAAGCAAAAAUAUAUUUAGCUGUACAUGUACAUCUUAAUGCAAACAUAUUCUCAACAGUACAGCUAAAUAUAUUUUUAGCAUUAUUUAUCAAGUAUGAAUUUGACUGAAUUAUAUAUUUAUCGAAGAAGCCUCUAUAAGCAUAGAGAAGAGGAAUGGUACUGAAUCAUGACUUUGAUGGAUAGAAUGUGGAGACCAGUUUAAUAAUGUAUGAUGCAGAAGUGCAGAGAAUUUGAACAUAUCAUGAGUUUGUAAUGUAAACAUGAAUUUCAGUCAAAAUGUGAACAUACUGACAUAUCAUGAGUUUGUAAUGUAAA